CGUCUCCUCUCCUGUUCAACCCCGCCCGCGCGGCGCCAUUUUGAAAGUGUAACGCGAGCGGAGGCAGAUGCAAGGGAAAUCUCAAAGUAGGGUGCAAAGUCUGCAAACCAGUCGUGAAGGUUGUAGUCGUUUUCUUCAAAUGAAAAUCAUUUUGCGGUCGUAAAAUCAGCCGGUGUUUGAGGACUGUCGGGAGUUACUUACAAACAGCGCACACCCAUCUUCAUUACCCCUGCUCGUCGCUGCUCUCCUUCGGACAGAACCAACCCGACCCAGCAGGUCAGCACGGACUGAUCCAGUCCAGGGCCCGAAACUUCUGCAACACAGAGCACGGUCUGAGCUCCUCGCCAUCAUCAUCAUGGCAGGACCCGGUGGAGGGAGCAGUGAUGUGCAGUGGUGUUUCUCUCAAGUCAAAGGAGCCAUGGAUGAUGAUGUAGCUGAAGCUGACAUCAUAUCAACGGUCGAAUUCAAUCACUCUGGGGAGCUGCUCGCCACUGGGGACAAGGGGGGCCGUGUUGUCAUCUUUCAGCAGGAGCCGGAGAGUAAGAAUCAACCUCAGUGCAGAGGAGAGUACAACGUUUACAGCACCUUCCAGAGCCACGAGCCCGAGUUCGACUACCUGAAGAGUCUCGAGAUCGAGGAGAAGAUCAACAAAAUCCGAUGGUUACCUCAGAAGAAUGCAGCGCAGUUCCUUUUGUCUACGAAUGACAAAACUAUUAAGCUGUGGAAGAUCAGCGAGCGUGACAAGAGACCAGAGGGCUACAAUUUAAAGGAAGAAGACGGGCGUUACAGAGAUCCCAACACUGUCACAACUCUACGGGUACCGGUGUUCAGGCCCAUGGAUCUGAUGGUGGAGGCCAGUCCCAGGCGAGUGUUUGCCAACGCCCACACCUACCAUAUCAACUCCAUAUCAGUCAACAGUGAUCAUGAGACCUACCUGUCUGCAGAUGACCUGCGUGUUAAUCUUUGGCAUUUGGAGAUCACCGAUCGCAGCUUUAAUAUUGUAGACAUCAAACCAGCAAAUAUGGAGGAGCUGACAGAAGUAAUUACAGCGGCGGAGUUUCACCCCCAUCAGUGCAACACUUUUGUCUACAGCAGCAGUAAGGGGACCAUCCGCCUGUGUGACAUGAGGGCGUCAGCACUGUGCGACGUACAUGCCAAAUUGUUCGAGGAGCCAGAAGAUCCAAAUAACCGUUCUUUCUUUUCUGAAAUCAUCUCCUCCAUCUCUGAUGUGAAGUUCAGCCACAGCGGACGCUACAUGAUGACGCGGGACUAUCUGUCUGUCAAAAUCUGGGAUCUCCACAUGGAAACACAGCCAGUAGAAACGUAUCAGGUACAUGAAUAUCUCAGGAGUAAGUUGUGUUCUCUUUAUGAAAACGACUGCAUUUUUGACAAGUUUGAGUGCUGCUGGAAUGGAAAUGACAGUGUUGUGAUGACGGGCUCCUACAACAACUUCUUCAGGAUGUUCGACAGAGGCUACCGACACGACGUGACCUUCGAGGCGUCGCGGGAGAACAGCAAGCCUCGCUCCGUCCUGAAGCCUCGCAAAGUGAGCACGGGUGGGAAGCGCAAAAAGGACGAGAUCAGCGUGGACAGUCUGGACUUUAGCAAGAAGAUCCUCCACACCGCUUGGCAUCCUCUGGACAACAUCAUUGCAGUGGCAACCACCAACAAUCUGUACAUAUUCCAGGAUAAGGUGAACUAGCUUUUGGUAACCACUCAGAUCAGUUUUUAGCCUCGUUGCGCUCAAAGAAAAACAAUAGUUCUUCUUUUCCUUUUUUUUUUUUUUUUACCAAAUUCCCAAAUCUUCAUUCAGAACAUCUUUUUGAGUAAAUUAUAAGUGAUGGUCUCUCCAAACAUGUUAGUUUGCAGCAUUGGUUUCUUCCUUCAGGAUCACUCCAUUCACUGAGCUUCCAUUUGCACCUCCACUACAUCCCAAAGCAAAGCGAAAUAUUACUUUGAUCAUUUGUUUGUGCCAUGUUGUUAACAGCUACCGGUUAGGUUUUUGUACCUGUUAUAUUUUUCAAGUAUAAAUAGGAUAUUCCUCCUACUGUUUUUAUGUUUUAAUGUCAUGUUUUUUGUUCUCGUGCCAACCUGAGACUUUAAAUACAAGUUGUCGACACUUCAGUUUCGUUCAAACUGACAAGUUGCCAAGUACUCUCAGCUUUUGUUUCCCUGCUCAUCUUAAAGGACUAAAAUGAUGUUUUAUCAACUCUCAUUCUCUGAAAAUCUUGUUAAACUGGCAUUACUACUAAUGUUUGUAUCCAGUGUGCGAAUACCACUUAGAUUUUUUUAUUUAUUAAUUUUUUUUAACUUCAGAGCAGCCAGUGUUUAGUACUCAUCUGUCUGCUGUAAGUUACUUCACUAGAAGUUUACUUAUUGUUGUAAACUUCAUGUUGCCUUUGCAUACGUCAGGUUUAGUUGUUGCAUAGUUGAAUACGCAAUUAUUCCAACGUUUGACCUUUUUCAGACAAGAUGCCAGUUUUGUUAUUCUGUCAAAAACAUGAGCCACUUCUACCUAAAGGUUACACACACACACACACACACACACACACACACACACACACACACACAUGCUUGCUGUACACUCAGGACUGAACUCAUUAUCUGUGGUUUUAAACAUAAAUCUCUGACCGUGUUCUACUGUAACUGUAAACAUCCUCCUCCAUCUUUCAGCUUGUUAAACUAGGAUUCGGACCGACCUCAUCCUCGCGAUGCGACAGCCGUCAGUUUAUAAAAACACUCAUGACAGAGAGUUACGUCUCCACCGGAGCCUCUCUGCUGUCGGGUGUACUGCAGCUUUUGAACUCCUAAAAAAAGUUUAGCUGUGUCCCUUUUUAAAUUUUUACUUUUUAGGCUUGUGUGUGAUAAAGAUUUCACAGGAUACGCUAAUUUUAUGUCUUAUUUCAUAAAAUCUUAAAGGCUCUGAAAAGUCAAACGAAUGCACGUGCCUAAAGGGCUUUUCAAGUCACAACGAACCUAUUUGUUUUAGAACAGUAACGGAGCGUAUUCCGACUUGCAGUGAACUCACUCGGUCACUGACUAGCGGAUGGAAAGCAGUAAAUGUGAAGUCCAACACUGGAAGCGAGUUAGAUUUCUCAGGUGUCAUUCUGGGUGUUAAACGGGUGGCAAUCAAUGCCAAAGGAAACCGGUCUUACACAUUGAACCUAUUUAAAGCUGUCCUAACAGAGAAGGUGUUCUGGUCUGGCUGCACUCGUGUGCACAGCCUUCUGAAGCUCAGGACAAAUAUGUGAAAGGCCAGGAUGUGGCCUGAGGCAUCAGAACUGAGUGCUGCUGCCAGCUUCCUUUUCAAAGCAUGUUGUUAUGCUUUAACAUCUGUGUUUAGUUUUCUUUUUCCUUUUAUAUAUGUGAUGUUUUCUACUGUACCCUAUUAAAAAAAUAAUAUUCACUACAGUUGAUUUAUUUUUGUAAGAAUUAAGGUGAUAGAGGCGAAUCACUGUAGUUGUAUGUGGAAGGUUGUUUUGAAAGUCAGAUCUCAAGACUUUCUGUUUUAUUUUAUUGUUUUUUUUUUUUUCCUGGUGGAUAUUUUUGUUCUAAAGGUUUUGUGGCAUCAUUUUUAACAUGAGUUGUCCAAAGACAAGUAUUUCAUGUGUUAAUAACUCCAGAAAUGCUAAACACUAUUACUGUAUUUUUGCCAUUAUUUAGAGAGUUCAGGGACAGAUUUAGUUUGUUUGGGUCAGUGUUUUUUUAAUGUGCCAUAGUUUUGCUGAAUGAACAGUUUUUGUUGUCCAUGAAAGACGAGGUGCUCUACGUCAGGAAACAUUUUCAUGAAGAUGAAUCUAUAUGUCAUCUUUUUGAAGCCCGUCAGCUCUGUUAACUAAGCAAAGGGAUGGUUUUUGAACAACAAAAUAUUUUCUCUCUUUACAGUUUUUUUUAUUUUGUAUUUUUUAAUAACAAGGAGAAGCACUUUGUGCAGGUUAACGUUGUAAAUGCGGUUUAUUUAAGCUAACUUCAUGUCGUUGCCUCUCCUCGCUCACUGUCAUGUCUUAAAAGAUCACCAGAUGGAAAUGAGCCAUCAAAUUUUCUCAGAAAAGCCCAAACGUGUUGCCAUGAAGAUGUAUUCAGACCAGUUCGAUUAUAGCACAAUUUUCCACUUCAUCAAUGUUAAGGCAUUUAAACGAGGCCCAACUGGUAAAUAAAACGAGCUGUUUCAGUUUUAUGAUGUUUGAUCUACUGUCAAGUCUCAGUCUCAGGGUUCUGGGGUGUGUCUUUUAGUGAUGAGAUACUUUUCUACUUUUUCUUUCAUGUGUGUAUGUGUGUGUGACCAUCAUUUUCUGAUGCGAGGCUGUGUGAGGAUCAGUUUUGUUUGUGUCAUGUCCAAGAUGUAUGAACCUUUAAAAAGAGAACAUUCUAGUUUAAAAAAAUAACAGUGCAUAGUACUACAUCCAAAAAAUUUUGUAUUUUUAAUGACGUGAUGAGCAAUAAAACUGGUGUUUAAAUUUAAAAAGGAAAAAAAAAACACUUUCUCAGUUGUCCCCCCCCCCCCCCGUUUUAUUGUCAUACAUUAGCCAUCUUUCAGCAAUGUUCACAAUUACCCCGUUGCCUUUCUUACAUUAAUUAAAAAAGAGAUAAUCAAGUCCUUUUCUUAAACUUUCUGACGUGACAGACAGGAGACUGCUCAGGGGAAUUUUCUGCUGCUGUGUGACCUCAAACUUUCAAGAGCUUUUCUGGACUGGAAACAAAAACUAAUUUACAAGCAGAUCAUACUUUUAUUCUCAAUACAUAUUUAUCUAAGCGCUAUACAGCACCUUGCCCAGCGACUGCUCCUUCUCUUACCCUGAACAGGAUAAAGCGAGUACAGCAAAUGGAAUAAGUUUUCAGUUUUUGUGUCUGUUAAAUCACAGGAGUUAAAAACAAAAUGCACUUUUUUAUUUUGUGAGCUUUGUUUCCCUUUUUUAUGUUGAUCUGUUUAGGAAUUACUACUACAUAUGUGUACUUUGUGCAGCAAUGGUUGUCGAAGAAAUUUAGAUAAAGUUAAUAAAGUUUUAAAACCAUUUUUUA